CUCUGCUAGCAGCGGAGCGGCAGGAAGUAUGCAGCUGAAGCGGCGGCGGCGGGGGGACGGAGCCAAGAAGCAAAAGUCGGUGUUUGAACCGGAGCGCCGAGCAAAUAAGCAUGAGUAAUCCGUGAAAGUGGCGCAUUCUGCACCUCCACGCAGUGCAUCGGUCACCCGGCGGGCGCGGAGGCCGAUCGAGGGUGACACCUCAUUGGCCAGUGUGACCCCACCCCAGGCCCGCCACCUCUCAAGGUGGGCCCGGAUAGACUGCACCAGCACCGAUGGCUCUCGGGGGAAAAUGGCCGCUGCCAACGCCCUCAGCUGACUAGCUAAGCGCCCCCACCAUUUCCUCCCCUGUCCCCCUCACAUCACAGUUCAUUGCUUUGUUGUGAACUGUGAUUUCCCUCCUUCAGUUUGCUGUAGAGUACUAUGGCAAUGCAUGAUAUGAGUCGUGCCAAGGGUUUCCCCUGUAAAGAAUGUGAUAUGGUUUGCCCGAGUACUCCAAGUCUAUUAGAGCAUAUGAAAGCACAUUAUCAGCAAGAAGAAAGCGGACGUUUCGAGUGUGAACAGUGUGGCCGGAUUUACAAGCACGCCGCUAGCCUAGCCAAUCAUAAAAAGUCUCACGAGGUGGGUUCAUUUCAGUGUCCAGUUUGUACUCGUACGCUGCCUAAUGCGGUAGCUUUAAAGAACCACCUCCGAAUCCAUACUUUGUCCCCCAGUAGUGCCCACGCAGAGGAGGAGAACGAGGAGGCGUCUGAAGAAGCAGGCCACGACGAGAGGGACUACGGCCUCGCCCAGGACCUCUCCGACGGGUUUGGACGCUCCCAUUUGAAUAACAGUGGUAUGGGACAUAGCGUUCUGCAAAGCCACGUGUCAGCCGACCACAGAAAGAAAGGCUCUCCUGAAUCCGACGACGCUUGGGACAGACCCUUCAAGUGUGACCAGUGCGACAGGACCUACCGGCAUCACGGUAGCUUGGUGAAUCACAAAAAGUGUCACCAACAAGGAACUUUUAAGUGUACUGUGUGUUUUAAACAAUUUAGCAACCUGGCUUCCUUAAACAGCCACGAGAGAACUCACUCGAAGUUCAAGACCCCCGGGGCCUCUAUGGUGAGCAGCAGCAGUAGCAACACCGGCUCCCAGUCGUCUCAGAGCGACGACACCUCCUCCUGUUUUUGCCACCUGUGCCAGGUAGCUCUGCCUAACAAGGCUGACUUCCAGGAACACAUCCUUCUUCACAACUCUUCCUCUCCUGCCCUCGGCCUGCCACGCAAUUUCCCAGGCAUCAUGCCGCACAAUCUGAGUGCAGUUCGAUCCCCAGCGUACACCCCAGCCCUAGGAGACCCUCUGCCCUUACCACCCCUGCCCACUGACAAAAGAGGUCCCUAUGACCCCAUAAUGGGCCCCCCAGUCAAUAACCCCAUUUAUACAUGUGCUUACUGUGGCACAGGGCACCCAGAUCUGGAGACUCUGAAAGUCCACUAUCUCACACAUGACCCCCACCCCGCCUCCCAUGGUCAAGACAACUCCAUCCUCAACUCUAACAGUCUCAGUUCUGGAUCACAGGGUUCCUCUGCUGGAGGUCGGGUGCCCCAGGCAAAUUCUCCAGAUGAUGGAGAGCGCCGUUUUAAGUGUGGGGAGUGUGGCAAGAGUUACCGGCAUGCAGGCAGCCUAGUCAACCACAAACGCUGCCAUCAGACAGGCCACUACCAGUGUACUAUUUGCUGCAAGCAGUACCCCCACCUGGCAGCGCUACACAGCCACUUGCGAAGCCACAAGGGGCGAUCUUCUAACCAGUCCAUCAACAACGACGGCAAUGACUGGCUAUCUCCUGAGCCCCUAACUCUGGAUUCCCAGCAGAGCUAUGUCCAGGAAGGCAGCGGAGCCACCACUCCCAUCUCCCUGCCAGGAAACCUGGGCGAUGGUACCCACUUCGUUCCUGAUGGAGGCCACAGCAGUGGCUUGGACUCUCUAGAGUUUCAUGAUAGGUUUGAUGGCAGUUCGCUCUCCCAGAGUAGCUCUGCUCAUCGGCAGGCCGACAGACAUGUGUGUGCCGACUGCGGUGAGAUGUAUGGCGAUGUAGCAGGCAUUAAGUCACACAUGUGUCCCCGCCGUGGCCAGCAGCAGACGCAGCAGGGCACCAUGUCCAAUGGGUUCAUGGGGAACAUGAAUUACCACAGCUCCGGUGGAACCUCUCUUCCCUCUGGGGGGUCCAACCUGAAACAAGGCAACAGCCAGCGACAGUACUCUCAAAGUGGAGGCAAGAGGAUGGGGAGCAACGACAAAGACGAUGACGACGAUGGGGAAGUGUAUCAGUGCUCCGUGUGUGGCAACCAUUAUGCCAGCCUCAGAGCCCUCAGAAGCCACUUGCGCAGCCAUGCCAAUAAUCCAACAGGGCCAGGACCAUCCAACCUAGGGCAAGAGUGGAGGAUGAUCUGCUCCACCUGUGGCCAGAGCUUCUCUAGGAAACAGGAUCUUCUGAAUCAUCAGUUAGUUCAUGGUCCUCAAAGGCCAGAUGGCCAGCAACAGGGUAUCGGAGGUGGUUCAGCCAAUGGCAAUGACAAAAUGGACGGCCGCAAUCACAUUUGUGUUGACUGUGGUAUGUUUUUUGCUGACCGCCACCACCUAAUAACCCACCUGUGCCCUGGAAAAAAUGGAGCCACUUCGCUUAGCAAGUCGGGCCUGAAUGGAGCCAAAGGGAUGUCUGGAGGAGAUGGAGUUAGUGGCGGUGUUGCUGGAGGAAGCCGGGACGUUGGCGGUGAUGGGCGUAGGCCAAUGCUUGACCAAAGUGACAAACCUCACAAGUGCGACCAAUGCGGACGAGGAUACAGACACCCCUGCUCGCUCCUCAACCACAAGAAGUCCCAUAAAACUGGAGUUUUCCGCUGCCUGGUGUGUCAGAAACGUUACUACAAUCUGCUGGCUCUCAAGAAUCACCAAAGGACACACUUCGACCUGAAGAGGCACAAGUGUGAAGAAUGUGGCAAAGCCUUUAAGAUCCAAAAGCAGUUGAUCAACCACCUCCGCCUCCACGAGGAGCACCGGGCCAAAGGUUUGGUUCGAACUGGCCCAAACGGGUCCCGCUUCCAGCAGCCCGGUCCCUCUCAGAUGCAGGCAAUGAGGGGCGAGUCCUCAAAGAGCCACGUAAUGGGGGUCAAAUACAGUCACCCAGGGUACAAGAAGCCCUAUUCCUCAGCCGGCACCUCCAGGCCCCAGAAGUUUGACCCUGCUGAGAGUGGACGCCGGCCCUUUGCUUGUGAAGAAUGUGGAAAAACCUACCGUCAUGCAGGGAGUCUGGCCAAUCACAAGAACCUCCACAAGAUUGGAGAGUACCACUGCAACGUUUGCAAUUCCACGUAUCCCAACAGACUGGCUAUGAAAAACCACCUCCGUCUACACUUCGCCCAGAAGAAGCACAACUGUCAGGAGUGUGGCAAAGGUUUCCGCACUCAGAGGCAGCUCGCCACACACACUACAGCUGGACUGUGCAAAGGGCCUCAGGGCCCUGGAGCCCAGAUGGAUUUUGAGUGUGACGGGUGUUGCGAAGGCUUUGCCACUGCCGAUGCGCUGGCAGCCCACGACUGUCCGGCCCAGCACCUGCCCUCGUCCUCCUCCACCAACAGUUCCACCAACAUCAGCAUGGAGAGGAGCUCGGUGGACUUGGAUUCCGACGAGAGGCCCUACGCCUGCGACCUGUGCAGCUGCGCCUACAAACACGCCAGCUCCCUGCUCAACCACAAGCACACCCACAAGACGGGAAACUUCAGGUGCAACUUCUGCGACAAGCCCUACACCAACUACAUGGCGCUGCGCAACCACAUGCGCAUCCACACGCAACGGAAAAAGCACAUCUGCCACACGUGUGGAAAAGCUUUCCGGCUGGCCAGGUUCCUCCGCAACCAUCAGAAGGUCCAUGAGGAGGGGGCCACCCCAUUCGGCUGCCCCAGCUGUGGCAAGAGUUUCCAGGGGAGGUCGGGCCUGGCCAGGCACCGCUGCGGGGACAACCAGGUAGGCAUGGAUGUCAGGAGGAAGGCCACUGCACCCACGGGAGAGGGCGAAGAGUGUCGGUACACAUGUGAUCAGUGCGGCCGGUCCUACCGCCAUGCCAGCUCCCUCCUCAACCACAAGAACACCCACACCGUCGGUAUUUAUCACUGCGCCGUGUGCCUCAAGACCUACUCCAACCUGCUCGCCCUGAAGAACCACCGUCGCAUCCACUCGGAGACACGGCGUCACCGCUGUCACGACUGCGGAAAGGCCUUCCGUGUUUCCUCUCAGUUGUACAACCACCGACGCGUCCACCAGAAGCAGCGGGAGCUGACCUGCCGGUCCUGCCAGCGCGCCUUCCCGACGCAGGCCAGUUUCAGACUCCACAUGGAGAUCACCCACGGUCAAACGCCACAGGCCCGCCAGCCCAGACCCCAGCAGCCCCGGCCAGGAGGCUCCCAGGAGCUGGGCUGGGGGUCCGGCCUGGACCUCACGCUGAUGCAAGAGCAAGGACUCAACCCCGGCGGCAUGGCUAAAGCGCGCAGCCGAGGGGGCACCAGCCAGGUCGUCAAGUCUCACGUCUGUGACCAGUGUGGGCGGGCUUACCGCCACGCCAGCUCCUUGCUCAACCACAAGAACAGUCACAAGACUGGCACCUACUUCUGCAACUCCUGUCAGAAGGAGUUCCCCAACCUAAUGUCCCUGAAGAACCACCGCCGCAUCCACACCGAGCCCAAACGCUACCAGUGCCCCGACUGUGGGAAGUCCUUCCGGGUUUCCACCCAGCUCAUCUGCCACCGCCGCAUCCACACCAAGGAGAAGCCCUUCACCUGCCAGCAGUGCGACAAGCGUUUCUCCUCCAAGUCCAACCUCAGGCACCACAUGAAGGUGCACUGGAGCGGCUCCACGGCGCCCCCUUCCGUGGCUAUGGGUGCGCCCAACUUCCUGGAUCUGAGUGCGGCGGUUUCGGGCUCCAGGAACUUCGUGUGCGGUCAGUGUGGGCGCUCUUACCGCCACGCCAGCUCCCUGCUCAACCACAAGAACAGCCACAAGACCGGCACCUACUUCUGCAUCACCUGUCAGAAGGAGUUCCCCAACCUGAUGUCCCUGAAGAACCACCGCCGCAUCCACACCGAGCCCAAACGCUACCGCUGCCAUGAAUGCGGGAAGUCCUUCCGGGUGUCCACGGCGCUCAUCUGCCACCGCCGCAUCCACACCAAGGAGAAGCCCUUCACCUGCCAGCACUGCAGCCGGCGCUUCUCCUCCAAGUCCAACCUCAGGCACCACAUGAAGGUGCACUGGAGGAGCCCCAAGCGGCCCCGGGCGGCGCAGUCCGCCUUCCUCACCGUCACCACCAGACCGUUCUGAGCGCCCAAUCGCCUGGCACCCUGUGCACUCCGACCUUUCCCCAGUCACCCGACGCCGCCCCAAAAUGACCACAAACUGACUCCGGCUGCUGGACAGGAAGCGGCGGAAGUCUUGAACCUAUAACCGACACAUUUCAGUGCCGUCGGUCGCGUAAAGCCGGGCACCGCCCACUUGAACCCACUGGAGGCGAAGCCUCGGCCGUGUGUCGCCCUCUAGUGCUGGUUGGCGGCAGCAGGGAGGCAACAGGAAGUGUCUUUACACCACCACUGGAAGUUUCCAUCAGGGGUCAGGGGGAACAGGGCGGGACUUUCAUCAGAGGUAACCAUGUUCGAUUCCUGAGAAACACCAGUGCAAAGUGUCUCUUGAAGCCACGAAGUAAAUAACAGGAAAAUAUGGAGCCGGUAAAAGUAACAUUUUCAGAUAAUGGACCAAACAGCAGCUGUGUGUGUGUGUGUGUGUGUGUGUGUGUGUGUGUGUGUGUGUGUGUGUGUGUGUGUGUGUGUGUGUGUAAUCUGGUCGUCAUGGCAACAUGGUAGUAAUAAUUUCCGCUGUGUCACGUCUUCCCGAAGCUAACCAAAGAGUCAUUGACAGCGCGUUGGUCACCAUGACGACAAAGGUCCAGCAUGGCCUGUGACAGGUUUGAGGUGGUGGAUCCUGGAGGCAGGACGGCGAGGCGCCCAAGUUUUUACCCAAACGCCGACUGUUAAACUAACUUUCCAUACACUUCGGACUUUGGAAGGAUUUCCCGUCGAAAACUUUUCAAAACCAGAAUCGACUGAAAGAUUCCGUUCAGAUCUGUACAGCGUUGGUCUUUUGCCUCCUGAACGUAUUUGUUUCUGUCCGUAGGAACUUUACCGGCGCCGUGACUGUGAGUUCGGUCCGCUUUUCAUUGGACGCUGAAAGUUUGCGAUGUGGCCUGUAACUCCUUCAUAAUAGGAUGGGGUCUUCAUGGGUGGUGGCAGGGGCAUUCUGGGUAUUUUUAAAACAUGUUUUAGUGGAAACGCAGCAGAUGUCUUGAGGUGUUUCGUUUGCUCACCUGCACUGACUCUGAAAUCACUGCACAGCUCAUUAGUUUCAUCCAGCAGCUGGUUUUCAUGUUCUAACUCCAACAUACACAAGAAAUCUGAAACUUUCUAUUUAUCCAGAACAUUUCAGUUUGUAGUUAUUUUGUUUGUUCGUUCGUUCAUUUUAAUAAAUAGAAACACUUUAUGUUUGUGGGGAAAAUUAUCGUCAAAGAUGCUCCACAUUUUAUUUAAUCUGUAUAUAUUAGAGUCAUAAUGAAGCCACUAAUCAAAAUUGGUUUCCUGGUAUUUCAUAUCAUUAUUUUUUGAUCUUUUAACACAGACAAACAUCUUUUGUCCUUUUUUGCUUUGAUCUGUUUUAUAGGGAUCUGAUUGGACAUCAUUGGACAUCAUUUUCUGAGUCUUGAAACAGGAAAAAUUUCAAAAGAAAUGUAUAAUUGGUGAGAAGUAAUGGACGGGAUCUGAACGCAAAGAGGGGAAAAAAAUGAUAAAGUCUGAGAAACAACAAAAAUUAUCAGCAUGAGAACAUGAAACUGAAGAAAUUUCAUCUUCUGUUAUUUCAAUCAGAAAAGCUGUGCCAUGUUUUAUUUUAUCUUAUUUUAGUUUCUGACAUCAAAUGUUAUACUUCCCAUGAAACAUUUAUUUAGUUUUCUCAAACUUAUUUUCAACUGCGAGACGAAACGCAGCGUUGAGCUACGGUAUGUGCGGAGUAAUCGAUUAAUCGAAGAGCCUGAAUCUGCAUCAUCAGCAUGAGACACUUCACUCGGAGGACUCUUAAGAAACUGCAGUUGAUUACGAGACUCAUUAUCUUCAUGGAAAUUAAUCUCUGGACUCCAGGAGAGUUGGAGAUCUGAGUUUCAUACGACCAGAGACAGUGAACGCAUCACUGAAAUGACCUUCACACGGCUUUGUUUUUCUCCUGGUGGACCGAGGAGAUCUCACGGUGGAAACUGUCCUUUUCUGUACAUCUGGACUUCGUGCCUAUUAGCCCACAUUAGCAUUAGCUCUAAAUACUGAUUCAGAUGAUGAAGACUUGAGCCUGACUGAACCACAUGAACCAUGUGAGGCCGUCGGAGAGUAACGAUGAACUUGGCGAACUCGGUUGGCAGCUUUGAACUCAGGCAGCUGUUUAAAGUUUCCUUCAAACACAAAAAUACUAAACUUUUCUCAAAACGUUUAAUUUUUUUUUAAUUAAUAGGAACUUUGUGAUGCCUACGAGAAAAAUCCUCAAAACGAGACGAUCAUAGGAAAAAAAGUGUUUGUAGUUAUUGAAAGAAAUAUAUGAAAAGAUUCAUUUAUUAGACCUUUGUUAGGUUUUGGUGAAUAUAGCGUUUUACCAUGAGAAACUUCAACACAACUUAUAAUUUUCACUAGAAUGCAAAUUAUUAUCAUCAUAUUAUGAGAUCCAAUGUUUUUAUUAUUCUUACUUUUUUUAUUAUGUGGAAAUUUCUCAAAUCUAGCAUUUUGUUUGUAAGUGCUGUUUCAAAACUCUUGAUAAAAAAGAAAAAAAAUCAGUGUUCUUGUUUAUAGGAUCAGAGAAAACUCAAAAUUUCAACAUUUAAUCCAAAAGGAAAACAAAGUUUGCUGAAAAUUAUUUAAAAAUGUGUCAGAAAACACAUAAAAAUUCUAUUUUUAUCUGUAAAGUGUAGAUCGGAGGAUUCUGUGGAGUCAAGUCAUGAAUUUGUAAAAGUGUCAAAUUUUGAAUAAUUGAAAUCCUAAAGGUGAGAAACUAGAAACCUGAAAAAAUAUAUACAUAUAUAACUUUUGUCAGGUUUUUUUUUUUAAAUAUAAAUAUAUAUAAUUUUUGUCCAGAUGGGAAAAAAGACGCUCAAAAAUCUUAGUAAAAUGUUUAGAUCGUAAGAAAGUUGUUAAAAAUGUGUUGAAGUUUGUUUCAAAUCAGAAGUUUCUGAAUGUUGAUGAAAUGUGUUGAGAAAUAUAUACUCAAGUUACACCAGAAUGUAAUAAAAUGUUUCAUGUUUGUUUUCUGUUUUUUUAAAUAAAGGAUUCGAUGUG